UCGAGAACGGCCCGUGUCAACACACACGCCGCACACGUGCGUGCGAACCGCGCCGCGCGGGUGCCCGCCUCCGACGCUGGAACCGGGGCUGCGCGGGGCGGAGACCUGGCCGCGGGGCUCGCCUGCCGUGGACCCGGGCUCGGGCGGGCGGCGGCGGUUGCGGGGGCGCGCCAUGAGGGCCGACUCGGGGCGCGGGCCGGAGGAGGGCCCCCAGCGUCCUCCACGAGCCCUUCCACCUGUGCCAAGUGCUAUUCAAGAUGAUAUUCCCCUUAGUCGUCCUAAGAAAAAGAAGCCCAGAGCAAAAACCACGCUAGCUAGUGCUUCUCUGGAAGGCCUUGUUCAGACUGCUGUUCACAGGCCCUCUGAGGGCAGCGCGCCGCCAACUAAAGACCCCAGAGAACACCCAGACGCUCCUAUUCAAAGGAGACAGAAGAAGACGAGGCCGCCUCUCGAGUUGGAAACUGCUUCCACCCAGAAGAAGGCAUCCAGUCCAUCUUUGUUACGAAAUGAAAAUGGUCUCAAUGUGGAGCCAGCUGAGGAGCCAGUGACUCAAAAACCUCGAAGGAAGACAAAGAAGACCCAGCCAGCGGAAUUACAGUAUGCCAACGAGCUAGGAGUAGAAGAUGAAGACAUAAUUACUGACGAGCAGAGUAGCCCGGAACAGCAGGCCGUGUUCACUGCACCCACUGGCGUCAGCCAGCCUGUAGGCAAAGUGUUUGUGGAAAAAAGCCGGCGAUUCCAGGCUGCUGACCGUUCGGAGUUGAUAAAGACCACAGAACACAUAGACGUGUCCGUGGACGGGAAGCCCUGCUGGACGACCAGAGACGUCGCGCUCUCAGUGCACCGGGCUUUCAGGAUGAUCGGUCUCUUCUCUCACGGCUUCCUGGCUGGCUGUGCCGUGUGGAAUAUAGUUGUGAUCUAUGUCCUAGCAGGAGAUCAGCUUUCUGAGCUCUCAAACCUCCUGCAACAAUACAAGACCUUAGCCUAUCCAUUCCAGAGUCUUCUCUACUUGCUUUUGGCUCUGAGUACAGUUUCGGCAUUUGACAGGAUCGACUUGGCUAAAACAUCAGUGGCAAUCAGAAAUUUCCUUGCCCUGGAGCCAACAGCUUUAGCAUCUUUCUUGUACUUUACUGCUCUCGUACUAUCUCUGAGUCAGCAAAUGACCAGUGACAGAAUCCACCUGUACACACCUUCUUCUGUUAAUGGGAGCCUCUGGGCAGAAGGACUCGAGGAGCAGGUUCUGCAGCCAUGGAUUGUGGUGAACCUGGUGGUGGCCCUUCUGGUUGGAUUAUCUUGGCUUUUUUUGUCUUAUAGGCCAGGCAUGGAUCUCAGUGAAGAGUUGAUGUUCUCCUCUGAUGUGGAAGAAUAUCCUGAGAAAGAUAAAGGAGUUAAGGUCUCUUCAUAAUGCCAGCUCACCUUCAGAGUAGUAAUGGCCCAGUAUUUAGAAGGUUUCCUGUUCGUGUUUUUAAGUGUAUUUUUGUAAGAUAUGUAUAGGUGUAUUUUGAAUUGAUUUUCUGAUUAUAUAAUACUAAAAAAUUUCUCAAGAUUAUGGAAAAUGUUAAAAUUGUAUCUGCAGUUUAUACCGAAACAUUAAUCUCUAUAACAUUAUCAUCCUAAUAACAAAGGAGAUAAUGAGCUAGAAACCAGCAGGUGAAAGUGUUUAUUUCCUGUUCUCUAGAAUUAGUUGUAUUCAUAAUCAUUAUCUUAAAAAGCACUAGUGCAGAAAAAGCUAUAACUUUAGUGUUACAAAAUAUAUAUCAGGUUUAAACAUAAAUUUAAGGAAUGAGGAAGGGGGAGGGGAAAGACCUUCAUUAUUUAUUUUUGAUGUUUCCUUGCUGAAUAAAUUGAAAUAUGAAAUUUGUCUUUUUUGAAAACUGGUUUAGUGGUUGUGUAUCAUGUAAUAAGUAUAAUGUAAUUUAGCUUGAAAGAUGCUUUACUUCAUGGCUAAUAAAAAGGAAAUGUACCUUU